AUGCAGCUCUCUCAUUCUGCCGCGACGACUGCUUGUUCUUCCUCGGUUAGCAUGAAGUCAGCUAAAUUAUCCAAACAACUCUUCACCGAUUCCUCGAGUCACUUAGUUCAGAAAAGGCAUCAUUCGCAUCCAAGCGGUCUUUUCUCUCAGCAACAUAUCGUUGCUCCGGCAGCCGCGCCCACUCCAUCUUCGCCUCCACCAUUGCCUCAAUCUCCUUCCUCCCCGACAACAAUAGACUUUACUAUGUUCCCUUCCAAUUCUGGUUCUUUUCUUCAUUCCAAUCUUGCUUCAAACAACUCCACCUCGACCAAUAGCUCAGUCUUUAAAGCCAACAACCUCUCUCAUUCAACUGUGCCAUGCGACCAUCGACUCUUUUCUAGUCGUUUGGAGUGCUCACCAGAUUCUGUUGCUCCUCCAAUCUCCACUUCGGUACCUUGUUAUUGUGACGAUACUCUCAGCCCUGUUGGUCAGCAUCCAGUCUCCGCGCCUCCUCCUUCGCAUGCUCGUCUUGAUUCACCCUUGCCCGUGCAAUCUGCUGCUUCUUUUUCCUGUCCACUUCAUCUUACCACAUCUCCUCCGCCAACAUGUCCCAUCAACCCACAGCCUGAUGCAUCCGCAAGUCGUAUUGCUUUCUCCAGCUGCUCUGAGAGGGUUGCAACCUGUUGCCCAACCGUUGGACUGCAGUCGUCACGUAGAUCCACGCUCAACUCGAUAGCCAGUAGUGCUUUUUCGCGACUGUCAAGUGCUCGUAACAAACUACCGUCCCAACAACACCAAUUAUUGCGCGAAGAGGUCACGCCUGGAAUGGGAGUUGGAAAGAAAGGCCUUCGCAUGUCUGAGCCUGUAUCUUCUGAUGGCAACCCCCAGGCUACAACUAAGUCGCAUCAGCCAAGGUAUUUCUGUACCUUAUUUGCUUGGAUCCACCAAACCUUUUGCAGAUUCACAUAUUUUAUCGGCAUGACAUUCCCCAUCUAA